CCGAAAGCGGAACAUUAAACAGAAAGUAUUUCUGUUUAAUGUUCCGCUAUCGCCGUUUUACAGAGAAAAAAACGGAGGUUGAGAUCGAAUACGAGGCGAAUACUUUGCAUAGUAUGGAGAGCUUUGAUUCAACUACACUUUUCGGUUUCACUAAUGAUUAUGAUCUCAAUUACACCGAUAUUGAUUUUGUCACUGAUCCCAACGUUACUGAAGUUGCAGAGCUGUGCGUAGCCAGCAAAGAGCAGGAGCGAACCAUUACUGCUGUCCAGACCAUGGUCUUCCUUAUCACCUUCCUCUUAGGUGUAACUGGAAACGGGUUGGUCAUUGCCACCUUCAUACGGUACCACUGUCUACAUUUACGAUGUAUGACUGACGUCUUUCUGUUCUACCUGGCUGUGUCCGACAUGCUGCUUUUGCUGACUCUUCCAUUACAGAUGGGAGAGACGCUUAUUGGCAGUUGGAUAUUCGGAGAGGCGCUUUUUGGUUUAAAAGUGAAAAGAGAGAGUUGCAUGUACACAAUGUACAAGCUUUAUGUACAAUCACCACUGUAAGAAAAAUGAAAUCUUGCACUGAAAAAAAAUUACUUGCAAGAUUUUUUUCAUAGAAAUUACAUUUUUACAUGUUUUGAAAUAUGUAAAAAUAGAAUAUUUUUUAUCAGUGUACGGAGGCUCAUAAUGUGCUUUUUAGAAAUGUUCUUUUCUGUAUUUCAGAUUACUACGUUAGACUGCUA